CACACCACCUCGAGCCGGAACGCCAAGCGAGACCGAGCGACGGGCCCGACUCGGUGUCAAUCGUUCAAUUCUUCACGGAUUCGCGAGCAGUGUCCGUUCUGCCGUCGCGAGUGCGCCAGGCGGGAGAUGCGACGGUCCUCGUCACGGGGCCUUGGUCGCUGUGAAAAGUUAGCGGCUUGUCAACCGGCGUGAGUCUUUCGAGCACGAGCGAGACGCUCGCUCCCGAGGAUGUAUUUAUAAAGAUGAUUUUUCCGUGGCUGCCGUCGGAAACGCGAGGAAAGGCGAGAUGAAGAUACUUAGGGACGUGUGUACUUAAUUGAAAGCGGGUGUAGAACGCAGGCAAAGAGUUAGGAAAACAGAGCGUUGUUAUUAUAAGCAUCAACUGACGCUCUACAAUAAGCAGACGGCGUGGCCGAGUGACGUGUUAUUCCCGGUGAAAAGCCAUGUGAUAGACGUCGCGCAGCCUCGGCGUGGGUGCCAAGCACGAUGACUAGCUGGCUGACGAGCUCGCUCGCUCGCGUCUCGAUCGUACUGCUGCACGCGAUCGUUCUCGCCGACGCGGAUGCCCACGGCCACCAGGUGCGCCGCUACCCGCGGAUCGUGCAUCCGCGCGUCAUACCGCGCGCCGAGCUGUCUCGCGAUCGGCGCUCCGCCGCCGACGCACCGGCGCCAACCACCCUACCGCGUGACGUGCAGUUUGUUUCUCUGAGCGAGUGGAUACUCAGGACCGAGCCCAAUCGUCAGCUGACGUUCUCGCCCCGGUUCGGCGUCGAGUGGCGAGGCACUCGAGCCUCGUCGGCCGGGCACUCGCACGCCCUCGACUCCUGCGAUAUAAGGGAGGGCUCCAUUCACGGCCUGGAGGCCACCUCGCGAGUGAUCUUGACCUCCUGCAACGACCAGUUCUUUGGCAUGGUCAAUUUGGACAACAGGACUUACUUCGUCGAGCCGCUGAUGGCCAACGGCAGCGAACAUUUGCUGUACGAGGCCGAGUUCUCGCGCACGCGCCGCGAAUCGACCUCUUCGUCGGCGACCCCCUUGAUUUACGAGGCGAACAGGCGCUUUUACAAUUUAUCCGGCGACACCUUCCACGCGGAAAAUUACGAAGACAGCCCCGAACUGCUGCUCGAGCACAGCGAUCUUGGCAGGAACAACCAACUCCAGGAGAACGUACCCGGAGCCGAAGAUGACGACGGGGUAGAAUACUUCUACGGCAAGAGCUGGCCAAAGGAAAAGCUUCCAACUCGGAACGCAGCCAACGAGUACUCGACUCCAAAGUGGCUGGAGCUGGCGAUAGCGGCCGACUACUCGGUGAUCGACUUCCACGGGGUUCGAGUCCAGCAAUACAUCUUAGCGCUGCUCAAUAUCGUCAGUUCAAUUUACAAAGAUCCGACUCUCGACUCAAAUAUGCAGCUAGUGGUCGUUCGAAUGAUAUUUUACACGGAUAAAAAGGACGGGAUGGUGCAGCACGGUAACGCAAGGAGAUCCCUCGAGAACGUGAACAAGUGGAACCGCAAGCUGUUGGAUACAGAGCAGCAGCAACAGCAGCAGCAGGAGCAGCAGCAGCAGGUGAACGGGAGUACACGCCACGACGUGGCCGUGUGGCUUACGCGACUCGACAUUGGUGGGCCCUCGGGCUAUGCGCCUGUGUCCGGUGCUUGCGAUCCUGCCAGAUCCUGCGCUCUCAAUCGCGACGAAGGCCUCACUAGUGCAUUCAUCAUUGCUCACGAAGUCGCUCAUAUACUGGGUCUGUCGCACGAUGGCGACAAAAAUGCUGGAAACUCGUGUGCAAAAGAAGCGGCCAGAGGCAGUAUUAUGGCUCCAAUGGUCGCCGCGACCUUUCAUAAUUUUCACUGGUCGACGUGUUCCCGAAAAGAGUUUCACGGAAGAGCCAAGCACUGGUCGUGUCUGGGCAACGAGCCUAGGGCAAGCAGCGCGGAAAAUGCAAGGAACAGCCCGCACAUGCAAAUGUUCAGCAUGGACGAUCAAUGUAGAAUGGAGUUUGGCGAAGGAUACGGACGCUGCAGGAGCACGGAGCCUGCGGAGCUGUGCGCGCAUCUGUGGUGCGGCCGGGCGAACGACUCGCUGCAGCCGAGAUGCAAGACCAAGAAGGGACCUCCGAUCGAGGGCACCCUCUGCGCCGAAAACAAGUGGUGCAUAGACGGCGUAUGCGAGGCGAUCGAUCAGCAGCAGCGCCACGAGCCGACGCCUCUGGCAGUGCGCGGCAGGGCCGCCGAGCAUACUUGGGCUGCUUGGGACCCGUGGGGCGAGUGCUCGAGGACUUGCGGUCUCGCCGUGCAGCACAGAACUCGGCACUGCAGUGGCUCGUGCGAGGGUGACUCGAAAGAGUAUCGAGUCUGCGAGCAGCCCGCGUGCCCGGAGCCCGUGGAUCCGCGAGCGCGCCAGUGCUCGCGCUUUUUCGAGCUUCGCGCGGACUCGACGGCGGACCUCUUCGACAACAACGGCACGUGGCUGCCCUACGAGGACUUCGACGGCAGCCCCGAUUGCCAGCUGGUCUGCUACCGCAAAGAGACAGGCGAGAUCUUUCACACUGGACUGGACGUGGAAGAUGCCGCUCCGUGCUCGUACGAGACCACGGACAUUUGCCUUGGCGGCACGUGCCGACCAAUGGGAUGCGACGGUGUGCUGGACUCGGGUCGCGCGAGAGACGUGUGCGGCGUGUGCUCCGGUGACAACUCAACCUGCGAGAAUUUCAGCGACAAGUUCCAGCGGAAGCUGCGUCGAGAAACGACGCGUUUGACGGUGGUGCCGAGGGCCGCUUACAACGUGAAAGUCGUCGUGACGAUUCUGCUGAUGGAUGCCGUGCCGCACGAGGGAAAUGUGAAAAUCGUCAUGCGCGACGCGGAAAGGAGGCGACACGAGAUGGGCGAGUUUGAUGCCGAUGGUCGAGCUGCAGUCACCGUCGUCGGAGGGGCCGCCUUUCGCCUCGAGCGCCUUGCAGAAAAAUACGUACUGUGGAGCAGAGGACCCGUCGCGUCGAGCAUUGUGGUUUCGUUCAUAGCCAGCCGUGUAAUCGUAAGAACCGGAGCUUCGGUAGCCGCAUCAUGGCAGUACACGCUAUCCCGCUCGGAAUCGAACGUCGAAGGCGGCAGAUUUGCGUGGUACAGCGAUGGGCCCUGGGGUCCGUGUUCGGUGAGCUGCGGCGGAGGUAUAAGGCGCAAGCAAUUGCUGUGUCAGGACGAGCUGACCGGGGAGCUGGUGUCUCGCAGGAAAUGCCUCCUUGUCCUCAAACCGCCUGGACGACCCGACGUUGAAAGGUGCAACACUCACAGCUGCGACUUGGAAUACACGUGGAUUCCCGGCAUGUGGGAGCGAUGCAAUCUCGCGUCGGCGUCGAGUUGCGUUGGCAAGCAGCAGAGGCGGAUCUACUGCGUGAGAUCGGUGCUGGGCGAGCACCAGGUGACGCGUGAAAAUGAGCUCCGAGUCUACAGGAACACCGUGCUGCCGGCCAGAUGUCGCGGUCAAAGUCAACCGCCCACUCGGCGCGAGUGCACCAGGAGCGCACAGUGCGCCGGCCACUGGAUCUACGCCGACUGGUCACCGGUGAGAGACUAUUUGUUGAUUUCGCAGUGCUCGCAGAGCUGCGGCCGAGGUGUCCAAGUGCGUAAAGCUCGUUGCGUGCGAGGCUCGAUCGGCCGAUCUCGGAUCCAAUACCAGCACCUGCUGUUGGAUUCGUGCAACGCGACUUACGCGCCGGACGAGACUCGAGUUUGCAAGGGGUUUGCCAGACAUAGUCCCGAGUGCGGUGGAUCCAGAUGUCGCAAGGAUAAAAGCCAAUUUUGCGUUGAGAAGGAUUUAAUUAGCUACUGCAGAAACGCGGCGUUUAGACGGCGAUGUUGCGUCUCCUGCAGGAGCGUUUGAGUAUCUUGAUUU